AUGCACCACUUUCAGCUCAUCCGGGGCUUGGGGCGCGGCUCCGGUGGUGAGGCCAUCUUGGCCGAAGAUCUUUCUGGGCAGAAGUGUGUGCUGAAGUUCGUCCAGUUGGAAGGCUUGCCAGAGGACCAGUGUCGGAGGGCCAUGCGGGAAGUCCAUUUCCUGCGCUCCUUGUGUCAUCCCAACGUGCUGCGCAUUGAAAGCGCCUUUCUGCACCACUUCAGCCUGGUCUUGGCUGUGGAGUUCUGUGAUCUCCGCGAUCUCCAGGCCCUAGUGUCCAAGCGCAGAGAACUUCGAGAUCAGGAAGACUUGGUGACUCGAAGAACCCGUUGCUUCGAAGCCCCAGGGUUUUCCGAGGGAACAGUGAAGGGCAUGCUGGUGCAGAUGGUGAGUGCACUGGAUCACAUCCACUCAGCUGGCAUACUACAUCGCGAUCUGAAGUCUUCCAACAUCUUCCUGACUCAACGAGGAGUGGUGAAGGUGGGCGACUUUGGCGUCGCCGAGCGCGACGCGGCCGGCGACGCGGCCGGCGCCGACGCGGACGUUUUUGCCGCGGCGCCGCGGCGCUUGGUGGGCAGCAUCCACUACCUCCCCCCCGAGCUGUGCGAUGGCGGCCGGCCCACAGCAAAGGCAGAUUGCUGGGCCUUGGGCGUGAUCCUAUACGAGCUCUGUGCUUUGGAGCUUCCAUUUCCAGGCGAUAACCCCUUGGUGGUUGCCAUGAAGAUUCUUCAGGGCGUUGUACAGCCGCUGUCCAAGCAAUAUUCAGCUGAGUUGCGCUCUUUGUGCGGCGCCUUGCUUUGUCCGACGGUGCAGCAUCGCAUUUCAGCGGAAGAGGUCUCUCAGCUGCCAUGGGUUCGAAGAGUGCAACGCCAUGAGGAGGUGAAGCCUCUUUCAGAUGAGAUGGAAACGCUGAAGAUCUCUCUGGGCUCCAUUGAGUUUGAGCGUUUCAUGAUGGCCGCAGAAGCUGCUUCAUCUGUGCCUGCGGUGUGUCAAGCCGUGGAUGAGGCAUCGAGUGUUUGUCUGGACAUUUGCUUCUCAUCCUUGAUCCGCUGCUGCGGCUCGUUGAGCGUACUGGCUGCGGAGGGCUCCUGCGCCCUGCAGUUGUUGCAGAAAGCCAUCAGAAAGGUACACCUCCGCCCGGAAGCCUUGGUUUUGCUGAAAGGCAACAUGAGGAGACUUUGGAGGUAUCCUGAAGCAGAUGACUGGAGGAUUCCACAGGCGCGCUUGCGUGGCUUGCUGCAUAGCAUCUUUCAGGCGGUUGAGGUCUCUAAGACCACUUCAUUGGCCUGGGCCAGUAGCAGCGGCACCAGGGCCAGCCUGGACUUCACCAUCCUGCUGAUGCUCGUUCGGCGCGCAAGACAAGAGCAGCCGGUGAUGCCCAAGAAGAAAAGGCGAAAGAAGAGAUCAGACCCAAUCAAUGAGGAGGUGGAUGAGGCGUUGGAGGCCUUGACCGCGCCUAGUAGUGAGGAGCUGCUCUUGGAUGAGGUCUUUGAGAUGCUCACUGCAGUGGAACCUUCGGAGAGGACCUUUGCGCCUUGGAAGAUCCUGGUGACUCUGAGCCUGGCGUCCAUGGCGGCGCUAUGUGCACAUGCCAAAGUUGCAGGUGCAGCACAUGGCGCAGUGGAGGAAACAGUGGACCUAGGGACCUGGUCCGAUUCCAUCGAAGGGUGUACUCGGAUGUUUCAGGCUAUCAUGGACUUCGACGUCAGCGAGGUGCAUCUGGGGGACUUCAACUUCCAAAGCGCCAAGGUCACCUUGGAGCACCUCCCAAGCGCCAGAAAAGCGGCCGAAGCCCUGCGAGAUCCGCGGACGGACUUCGUGCAGAUCGGCCGCUGUCAACCUGAGGAUCGCUCUGUGGUCUGGUUGUACCCGGACAAGAGCGGUGAUGAGUCAAGCGCUUUCCUGCUGGCUGAUGGAGAAUGCAAACGUAUCGAAACCCAAGCAUUGGACAAGACUUCCAAGGCUUCCUGUGUGGCGGUCUAUCGGGUUCCAAGCCCUUCAGCCGGGACCAUGCUGCUGAACCAUUUCCAUCAGCCUGGCACCAUCAGCCACGCAGUGCUGGGUGGCCACGGUUCGGAUAAUACCUGGAACCAGGGUGUCCUGCAAAUGAGUGGUGAGGUGAACCUAGGCGAAGAUGACGUGGAGUCGACCACUUUGGUAGACACCUUGGGCACGAAACUGACACCGCAUGGUACGGUCUUCCUGGAUUCCUGCUUCGCCGGCAUCAAUGGAGUGGCUCAGAUGGUCUCCAAGAGGCUGCCUCAACACUGGGUCAUGGGUGGUGUGGUGUCUUUGAACUCCUACAUCCGGGUGCAGCAGACGCCCUUCGAUGGCUCAGCGCAGAGUGGCCCAACCCAGGUCACAUCCGAGCUAGCACCGGACUCGGUGAUCGACCCAUCGAAGGGAGUUCAUGAUGACGAUGGCUACCCUGAGGCCAGUUUCUUGGAAGGUGUGGCUCUUCAAGGUGAUGGGACGUUGGAGAAGGUGGAUCAACUGGUCGGUGAAAGGAUCAUCGCCUGGUUCGGAGGAAUCAAUCGCGGCAGCGUUACCCAGUGGCUCUAUCCCUCGAAGAACAAUCAGGUGCUGAAAAUCGGCUGCAAGGUGCAGGUCAUUGAACCUUUCCAUGCUUUUCGCAUGGGGUCGACGGACUUCAAUAUGGCUGAGCCUGAGAAGAGCAGGGAUGACCAGGGUUUGGGGAUCUUCUCCCAGUUGCUGCCGAAGGGCCUGGAGGGAUCCGUGCUCUUUUUACACGACGUGGGAAAUGCACCAACUUCGGGGAAUGCCUUGAUUAACUAUGGCCUGCCUCAAGAGUUUAAGGAGGCUGGAAUUACUGGUGGUGCCGGGCAGACUUUGGGCCCUCUGCUGACGUUGACCCAGGAUUUUGGAAAAUUGCAGGUCCACUGUCCAUGA